UUUGCCAAUAGAAAACGCUUCAUCACGCAGGCAGCGUAUGCCCAGUCGAAGCUAGCUCAGCUCAUGUUCACACAGCUGUUACAUCGUGAGUUGCGUGCUAUCGACUCUAGAGUGAGUGUGGUGGCCGCCCACCCUGGCAUCGUAGACACCGACCUCUUCAACGGCACCCUCAUGAAGACUGUCAUGCCAUGGGCUCCUGGCCUGCUUUUUAAGACACCCGAGGAAGGUGCGACCACUGUGAUGUACGCAGCGCUACACGCGAGAGGAGGAGACUACAUCAGCAACUGUCGCUCGGUAUACAUGUCUACGCUCGCCCGUGACAAGAGGAAACAGAAAGAGCUCUUCUCACACUCCCUGCACAGCUUGGGCAUCAAUUCCUUCGGAGGACUUUUAUAGUCAGUUAAAGUAGUUGUUUGAACAGAAAUGAACUGGCAGUAUUAAUAUUAAUUUAUUUUAGAUUUUGUUAAAUGUUAUCUGUUAUUUAUCGUAAUUUAACUGUUUGUUGUUGCAUUUAUC